GCUGCACGCCUCGAUGGCACGUCGUUCUCCGGGCGCACCCUGCGCGCGUCAUUCCAGACCCCUUCCUUCAACCAGCGCACAUCAUUCUCUGUCGAAAUCAAGGGCCUCCCGCUGGACGCCUCCUCCAUAAACGUCAAGCGUUUCUGCCAUGCGAGCUCAGUGACGAUGGGCCGCCCGAGCUUCAUCGUGGACGCCGCGCUCAGGGAGCUGCGCACCAUGCUCACGCGGCACGGCGCGCUCGAGGCGUUCGAUUUCGUCCCCCCGGACCCCCGUGCGCCCAAGCCCAAGCCCAAGCUCGUCGUGUUUGUGCAGUUCGCGGACGCGGACGCUGCUUCCCGCGCCGUCGCAGCCCUCCACAGCUCUCAUCAGCGGUUCCUCCGCGGCAGCCCUAUCUUCCUCGAGCUCAUCCACUCCGUCAAGUAUAUGCUCCCGCGCGCCCAGUUCGGCGCGCUCCGUGCGGAGAUCGAUGCGCUUCGCGACGCACUCGAGACGUGCAAGCUGCGCUAUCAUGACCGGGACGAGCACGGGGCGGCCGUGGAGCGCGUGUGCGUCCGCGCGUACGGGCCCGACGCGCAGGCGCUUGGAAGACUCAAGAAGGAGCUCGAGGAUAUGUUAAGGGGGGAC